AUGGGCAUUCUCACACUCGCUGAGGAUCGGCCAACGCCGAAGUCUGUUUACAACUGGCGUGUAUAUGCACUCGCCGGCAUUGCAUCAUGUGGUUCCAAUAUGAUCGGUUAUACCAGUGCCUUCAUCGGUACAACUAUCACACUCGCCUCCUUCAUGAAGGAGUUCGGCCUCGACGAGAUGUCCACCCCACAACGAAAUCUAAUUAGCGAGAACAUCGUCUCACUUUUCAUUGCUGGUGCCUUUUUCGGCGCCCUGGGAACUUACGCCCUCGGCCACUUCAUCGGCCGUAAAUGGAGUUUGGCUGUAGCUGCCACCGUAUUCUUUCUCGGUUCUGGACUACAACUCGGUGCCAACAGUGCCCGAGGGCUUGGUAUUCUCUAUGCUGGUCGUGUGCUGUCCGGCUUGGGUACCGGCAUAGCCUCGAAUAUCAUUCCCAUAUAUCUUUCCGAACUAGCGCCACCUGCCAUCCGAGGACGGCUCGUCGGUCUGUAUGAGCUUGGCUGGCAGAUAGGCGGAAUGUUAGGUUUUUGGAUUAAUUAUGGUGUUGAGCAACACAUGCCUCAAAGCCACGAGCAGUGGAUCAUCCCCUUCGCCAUCCAGCUCGUCCCGUCCGGUCUACUCUUCAUAGGUGCGUUGUGGAUCAAAGAAUCCCCUCGUUGGCUGUUCCUCAAGGACCGUCGUCACCAAGCGAUGCAAAAUCUUUGCUGGAUCCGCCAAUUGGACGCUGAUGACAUUUAUAUCACCGAAGAGGUCGCUGCGAUCGAUCAAGCUCUUGAGCAUCAGAAGAGUUCUAUCGGUAUUGGCUUCUGGAAGCCCUUCCAGGCUCUUGCCACUAACAAGAGUGUCAUGUACCGUCUGAUGCUGGGCUGCAUGCUCUUCUUCUGGCAAAACGGCUCCGGUAUCAAUGCCAUCAACUAUUACUCGCCUACCAUUUUCAAAUCGAUCGGUGUCGACCCCAACACUGUUAACCUGAUGACCGGUAUCUUUGGCGUCAUUAAAGCCGUCAUGACCUUCGUGUGGCUCCUGUUCCUGGUCGAUCAAUUUGGAAGACGCAAUCUGCUCCUUGUUGGUGCCGUGACUGGAUCGCUCUGUAUGUGGGUAAUCGGCGCUUACAUCUGUGCUGUCAAGCCCGAAGAUAACCCCAGCACGUCUCUGAACGGCGGAGGCAUUGCGGCCAUAUUCUUCUUUUAUCUAUGGACUGCGGUCUACACCCCUACCUGGAAUGGUACCCCUUGGGUUAUUAAUUCCGAAUUCUUCGACCCCAAUUUCCGUUCCCUGGCUCAGGCCGCCACGACUGCGAGCAACUGGCUCUUUAACUUCCUCAUCUCUCGCUUCACCGAACAAAUGUUCGACAAGAUGCACUACGGCGUGUACUUCUUCUUUGCUGCACUGUCAUUCCUGGCAUUCUUCUUCGCCUUCUUCCUUAUCCCUGAGACCAGCGGUAUCCCUCUUGAAAAGGUCGACCGCCUGUUUGAUUGCAAGCCCAUCUGGAGAGCAAACAAGGUGCUCAAGGCCGCCCUCGUGGAAGAGGAAGAGCAGUUCCGCUACGAGGUCAAGGAGAACUCGUACCACGAGGAGGACACUGGCUCAAUUGCUGCGCCUUAA